UGUGUACGUGUGUGUGUGUCUCACCCACAUUGGCCACUAUCAGCGCCCUCACGCGGUGGCCCACCGUCGGAGACGAGGGCGCGCCGCUAGCAGCAGCCACCAGUGACAGGAUGUUCAAGGGUGAAGACUUAAGUGUGCGGGCGUCCGAAGCUCCAGGCUCAUCUGGUUCAUCGUCAUCGGCGUCGCCAUUGUGGGAGGCUUCACCAUUGGCAUUCUGAUUGGUCGCUUUGCCACGUGUCCCGAGGAAACACAAUAUGAGGCUUACUCAAAAGCAGUGCAGGAGGCGGAUCCAGCAAUAUCUGAUCUCUUAAUACAGUCAAUCAGCGCAAAAAACAUAGAGGAUAAUCUGAAAUACUUGACCAACGUUCCUCACAUCGCAGGAGAGCAAAGGGACUUUGAUCUUGUCAACCACCUCAAAACUCAAUUUGUCGAAUACGGACUGGACUCUGUGACUUCCGCUCCAUAUGAAGUCCUCCUCUCCUAUCCAGACAAAAAUAAUCCCAACAAGGUGUUGCUUGUGAACAGCACAGGUGCUGUCCUUUUCGACUCCACUUCCACCGAAAGCAACAUCUCUCAUCUUCCAGGAGUCAUCCGCCCUUUCCUCGCCUACUCCCCGUCUGGUGUAGUCAAUGUGUCUCGGCUGAUCUACGUAAAUUAUGGACGAGUUGAAGACUUUGAAUACCUGAAGGUUAAUAAAAGCAUAACAUUCAAUGAUUCCAUCGUUAUUGCGAGGUACGGCAAGAUUUUCAGAGGAAGCAAGGUAGAAAUCGCCGCGCGCUACGGGGCUGUGGGGGUCAUCAUCUACUCAGACCCUGCGGACUACACGUGGCCACAAGAAGACUCCCGGACAUUCCCGACACGUGGUGGCUGCCCCCUAGCGGCGCACAGAGAGGCACCAUCUUCACCGGAGGUGGAGACCCACUAACCCCGGGGUAUCCAGCCAUAGCCACCGCCUACAGAUACAGCGAGAAUGACACAACCAUGCCGCUACCCACCAUACCAGCCCACGCCAUGGGCUAUGGAGGUGCGGAACGCUUUCUCAGCCAAUUGCAGGGAGAAGACGUUCCAGAAGACUGGAAAGGCAGUCUGAAUAUUACUUACAAACUGGGCCCAAAGAUCACGGAUGGGCUGUCACUUAGUUUGCAGGUGACAACAGCUAACAGCAUUAGAAGGGCGGACAAUGUGAUAGCAAUCUUGAAGGGAGAUGUGGAGCCAGACCGCUACGUGUUGCUGGGAAACCACCGCGACGCCUGGGUGUACGGCUCCAUUGAUCCUUCGAGCGGAACGGCCGUCAUGAUGGAGGUGGCCAGAGCUAUGGGCCAGCUGGUCAAAGAAAAGAAAUGGCGGCCACGUCGCUCUAUCAUGUUCUGCUCCUGGGGAGGGGAGGAAUUUGGACUUCUUGGUUCUAACGAAUGGUCAGAGCAAUAUGUGAAGUCUCUUGGAGCGAGGGCUGUAGCAUAUAUUAAUAUAGACAUCGCCUGUGCAAGGUAUCCAACCCAAAUGACGCAGAAGUCAGCCAAAGCAGAUCAACGGUAUACGAUACCUGGAUACAUUCUUUCCCAUGGAAAGUUGGUCGGGACAUUCCCCAGUAAGCCACCAGACUUGUGGGUGGGUGACCUCGGCUCAGCAAGCGACUACGCACCCCUCCUGCAGUUCGUUGGUAUUACAUCUCUGGACAUCCGCUACACUUACAACUCGAGUAAAUAUAAGAUCGGUUCGUAUCCUCUGUACCACACUGAGUAUGAGACAUUUGAAGCAGUCAAGACCCUUCUCGACAAAGAAUUCAAGGAGCUGAGAUCGUCCGCUCUUUUGCCGACUCACUCAUCAUCCCCUUCAAUGUCUCAGAGUACGCCUGGGCAUUGGAGCAAAACAGAACAGACCCUAGACAAGGAAUUCGGGUCAACCCUGAGUGCAAAAGUCUCUAACUACACGGACCUUGAGAGAAUAAUAAGCAAUUUCAAGAAAGAUGUGGAUAAUUUUGAAACAGCUGUAUCUAAAAUUGACAGAAAAGACCCCAUGGCCAUCCGCAUGAUAAACGACCAGCUGUUGUUGUUGGAAAAGGCUUUCUUGGAUCCCGCGGGACUGCCAUCCAGGCCUGAGAAAAAACAUUUGAUAUUCGCCGAAAACGCCAACGACGCAUACGCCGGAAGCAGUUUCCCAGGGUUGGUGGACCUCCUGUUUGACAUAGACAAACUGCAGGCAGACAGACUGGCAGAGCGCUGGAAGGAGAUACAACAUCAUUUCUCCGUUCUUCUCAACGCUAUACAGGCUGCGGGCUACACACUUCGGGACGUCGUCAAAUUUGUUGAGGAAACAUACUGAUCACCGUUCAUUGGCUGACACGCUGAUGCUGAGAUCACGUGACUUGAAGCAGACGGCAAAAAAUGAAAUAAUUGUUAAUAACAAUACUAAUAAUCAUCAUGAAGAAGAAGAAGCUUGUACAGCGCGGCUCCUUGACCAAAGCCUGGGUCACCACACUUAACAAACACAAAAAUACAACAAAAUCUACAUGUCGCAUAGGUAAUGUUUGUUCCAUGGAUAACACAGAAAAGAAUAACCAGUAGUCCAUCAUAGUAAUGACUAGAGAAGCUGUUACGAGGACAGAUAACAAAGAAGACGAGAAAGCUUAAAAGUCAUCGUUGCCAUGGUGAAGUACAACUUUAGAACUGUGAUUCGUUGUUGGUAUUUACUCAACACAGGAUGAAAUUAUUUAGUCUGUGCUUCAGUACCUAUUGAAUCUCUCGUCACACAUAUAAUGAUUAAAUAAUGAGACAUGAACAACUAUCAAAGACACCAUAAACAUUUUCAUUAUCCAGAGAUUAGGAUUAGGGGGACUUCGCACUGUCAGUUUACCCGGCAACUUGCCGACUACAUGACUGUCAUCAUUUGGUGCAAAGUUUCCUUACUCUCUCUUUUUCCUUCUUCUGUUUUCGCUUUUGUUUACUUGUUUUCCGCCAACCGUGUUUUAAUGUUAGCGCUGUAUAUAUGAAAAUGCUUUAGUGUUUUUUAUAUAAAGACAUAACUCCAUACCCAAACACUCCUCUUCAUUAAGCCGAAUCUACCUGAUCAUUUUAAAUGUGACUUUAAUAAUUGAACCAAAUAAAUUAAUUCAGAUGCAAUCACUUGUUCCUUUACCCGGUGUUCAUUUCUCUUCGGUAUUCUCAUGCUUCAUGCCAAAAACAAGUUGUAGACGAAGAUAGGUGGGUGAAUAAUGUCCCAUGAUGAGUGUACUUUGUAGACUCCAUUUAUACAAGUUUGUGAUCUCGGAGAAGACUUGUGAAAAUGAAGAAACUAUGACAGUGUUAGCCAGAGAGGUUCAAACACGAUGAGGGAGUUGAUAUUACCAAAGGAAUAAAUAAAAGCCACAGGUAAAUAAACAAUCAAACACAAUGCCGAUGAUGUAAUAAAAACUGCAGCUCGCUACAACAGGCACUACAAGCACAACAAAUCCAAGAAGAAAACGAAAAUGCGGAGAACACUCCCCUC